AUGGGGCUACAAUUGAGGUUUCUUGACCCGGAAAAGGGCUUUUCGACUCUAAAGAUUACUACAAUGUGCAAGACAAUGACGAAAAAAGAAAAACAAUUAAAGUCUGAAGAACGUAAAAUUGCUCUUAGAGAGAGGAUCCUGGCGGAACAACCGACGGAUAGAUAUUUGUGCCGGAUGAGAGAGCAAUCUCAAGCCGGCAAAGGUUUUUUCAAGAGGCCUGCAAAGACGGAUCUCAUCAGGGCGUUUGCUCUUUGGAGUCCAUUCUUAACUGGAAAUGAAAAACUAGACUCUCUAAAAAGCUCAAAUUUAAACAAAGAUAAUAUUGAAGAGUCAAACCCCUCUGCCUCUAACACAGAGACUAAUGUGAGGGUUAAUCAAGAGGUUGUUACUUCGGAGAGAAAUGAGGUACCUUCUUUAACCCAAACCUUAGGAAGUGCCAGUCCUAUCUAUGCAAACAUUCAAAAUCCCUCAUAUGGGGAACUCAUCAGGACAGCAGAGCCUGAGCAAACCCUCCAAAAACUCAACCAGACCAUCCCCGUCUUCACCUCAACAUUACUCAUCUUCACCAUCGACCUCCCAAACUCCACCCCGAAGGUCAGUCCCAGCAAACCCCUGACUCCAAGAAACCGCUGGACCACGGUCCGGGUCGAGUUAUCCGCCCAAAGCCUCUGGUCCGACUCGAGGACCCCACGCCCAGCCCUCAGGUUCGCGAAGUACGAAUUGUCGAACCGGUUCUCGCUCCCGUUGUCGAGCCCGACCCGGACUGACCCGUUCCCGCCUUCCGGGCAGAGGUUUCGGAGCGUAGGGAGAAAACUCGGGUCGAUGGACGGGUCGGGCCCUCCGUUUGACGUGAAGCUGUACAGCCUGUAG